GCCCGAGCAGAGGCGGGAAAUGGCGCCUGGUAACAACGGUGUGUCAUUACGGAGACGGCCAUUGAGUAGAUAAGGGGGGAAAAAGUAGCCGCAGAAGACGAAAAACAAUCACUGCUUCUUCCGUGAUGGCGCUCGGGUCUUGAGUCAACAUUUCCACCCCUCCGAGGACCGCGGUGAACCUUACAUGUGACGGCUAAAACGAUGAGGCUGAGAAUGCGUAAGGCGUCUCAGCAACCGAUCCCUAGUCUGGCACCACGCCCAUCUCGGACCAAGAGAAAGCAUUCAGAAGUAGAAGAAGACGCUCCUACCAGUGCGAGGGGCUUGUUCUCAACAAUCAAAAAGUUCAUCAGAGGAACUGCAGUCAAGGUGCAGCAGGACAACCCAGCCAAGAAGGCACGUCUCCACUGCGACGUUGACAACCUAAUCACUUCAGCACCAGACACCCCUCGCAGGACUGUCAGCAGGGUUGGUGGGAAAGGCGGCGUCAAUGGAUUGGCAACCAAUCAUGACAGGAGCAAGGAGAAGCCCAAUGGAAGUCUGGAGGAGACAACAGCUGCUGAGGUGCCCACCAGCCCUCCUAGGACAACUCUUCUUGGGACCAUUUUCUCCCCUGUUUUCAACUUCUUCUCACCGGCUAAGAAUGCCUCGUCCGGUUCAGACUCCCCAGACCAAGCAUUGGAAGCAGAAGAAAUAGUGAAACAGCUGGAAAUGGAGCAAUCUGUAGAAACAGCCACCAGCACCAUCACUUCUACACAGGAAUUAUGUACCACCACAAACUUCUACUCGAGUGUAUCCCAGCUGCCCCCUUUGCGACUUCCUCACAUCCCUGAUGCAUGCCCCACUGUAGAGGAGGAUGAAAUUGAUGCUAAUGCUGACCUUCCACCUCUCACUGCUCCAGGCUCAAGUCCACAAAUGGCAUACAUGAACUCUCCUCCCCCUGCUGUUCCACCAGAAGCAUCUUAUGAAGAAGAAUGGGAAGUCUUUGACCCGUAUUUCUUCAUCAAACACGUCCCACCAUUAACUGAAGAGCAGCUAACUCGGAAACCAGCCUUACCAUUAAAGACUCGUAGCACACCUGAGUUUUCUUUGGUCCUUGAUCUGGAUGAAACGUUGGUCCACUGCAGUUUAAACGAGCUUGACGAUGCAGCACUUACCUUCCCUGUACUCUUUCAGGAUGUGAUAUACCAGGUAUAUGUGCGCUUGAGACCGUUUUUUAGAGAGUUUUUGGAACGCAUGUCUCAAAUUUAUGAGAUCAUCCUUUUCACAGCCUCUAAAAAGGUGUAUGCAGACAAAUUGCUCAAUAUCUUGGACCCUAAGAAGCAGUUAGUAAGACACAGGUUGUUCCGAGAGCAUUGUGUCUGUGUCCAAGGAAACUACAUCAAGGAUCUUAACAUUCUUGGCAGAGACCUGUCAAAGACCAUCAUCAUUGACAAUUCACCACAAGCCUUUGCAUACCAGUUGUCCAACGGAAUUCCCAUUGAGAGCUGGUUUAUGGACAGGAAUGACAGUGAGCUGCUGAAGUUGGUGCCCUUCCUUGAGAAGCUGGUUGAGAUGGAUGAAGAUGUGCGGCCACAUGUUCGGGAGAGGUUCCGUCUUCACGACCUGUUGCCUCCGGAUUGAAGUCCAGUUUCUUAGACAGGGACAGCUAGGAAGGACUGAAAACCAAGUGUGUAAAAAGCCCCUCAUAAAAAAACUUGCGUCA